GAAAAUGAUGAUUGGAUGGAAAAAUUCACCAACAUAGCAAUAAAAAUACUCAAGAAAGAAAUGGCACAGGAAUCCAAACCACUAGUAGAAGAUGUUAAUUUGAUGGAAAAUUUUCCCAAUAUUAAUCAAAAUGAUGAGAAUACUAAGCAUGGAAACCUUAUAAAAUAUUUAUAUUCAUCAAAUGAAAUUACAGAAAAAGAAAAAAAGACAAUUCAAAAGAACCAGAUACUAUUGAAAAGAGAAUUGGAAAUAUAUCAGUUGAAAAAUGAAAAACUCCAUUUGAAGAGUUUACAGGAAGGAUACAUUACACAAAAGGAUCUUUCAUCAAUUCAGGAAAAUAAAUGCAAAUUAUUGGACGAGAAGUUUAAAGACAAGAAAAAAAGAGCAUGA